GAAAUCUAUCAGUGGUGUGGCUCAUCAUGCAAUAAAUACGAGCGGCUGAAGGCUACUCAAGUUGCUGUUGGCAUUCGGGACAAUGAACGAAAUGGAAGGUCUAAAUUAAUUGCUGUGGAAGAAGGCAGUGAACCAGACCAGCUCAUAGAGGUUUUAGGGAGCAAGCCAGUGCUUCCAGAUUGUGAUGAUGAUGAUGAUGAACUGGCUGAUAUUACAAACAGGAGAAGUGCUAAACUAUAUAUGGUGUCAGAUGCAAGUGGAUCCAUGAAGGUGUCCAUGGUAGCAGAGGAAAACCCCUUCUCUAUGGCUAUGCUUUUGUCUGAGGAGUGCUUCAUUUUAGACAAUGGUGCUGCAAGGAAGAUCUUUGUAUGGAAAGGCAAAGAUGCUAACCCACAAGAGAGAAAAGCUGCCAUGAAGAAUGCUGAACAAUUCAUACAGCAGAUGAAUUAUCCUGCCAACACACAGAUUCAAGUCCUUCCUGAAGGAGGUGAAACACCAAUUUUCAAACAAUUUUUCAAAGACUGGAAUGAUAAAGAUCAAAGUAAUGGCUUUGGCAAAGUAUACGUCACAGAGAGAGUGGCUAAAAUAGAGCAGAUUGAAUUUGAUGCUGCCAAGUUACAUGAGUCUCCACAAAUGGCUGCCCAGCAUAAUAUGGUAGAUGACGGUUCAGGGAAAGUAGAGAUCUGGCGUGUGGAAAGCAGUGGCAGAGUUCCCGUGGGACCUGAGACGUACGGACAGUUCUAUGGUGGUGACUGCUACAUUAUCCUCUACACUUACCCUAAAGGGCAGAUCAUCUACACAUGGCAAGGAGCUCAUGCUACAAAAGAUGAACUGACUGCAUCUGCAUUUCUGACUGUUCAGCUGGAUCGGUUACUGAAUGAUCAGGCCGUGCAG